AUGUGUACAUACCUGGGAAGGAAAGAAGGAAAAAAAGAAAUUCCACAUCAUCGCAACGCAUUAAGAAAUGCAACGAAAUGGAAUUUUGAUUUCUUUCCCUUAACUAUGCUGUUGGGCUUAGACUUGAGAUUUAAGAAAAAGAAUGAAAGUUGCGUUGGAGAUAAAGCAAAAUCGUCUCCACCUACAAUCUGA